CCACUAGGGGGCAGAUCAGAACUCAAGACACACACGGUAACGUUGAAGGCUAAUGUGUUAGCAAACAGUUGCCUAUUUACACAUCUAGCAGGCACAGAGCAAGAUUAACAUUUAUUUGAAGUCGUGUUUCUGGCCACAAGACGAAUCUGGGACCGAGAAGAAACCAGCUACCAGAGAGUUUCCCAUAGAAACCCUGGGAGUGGACCAGGAAGUGUGACCUCCUUUCACUCCGUGCCCAUUAAAGCUUCAACCAUCUCCUUGCCAUGUCUGUUCCUGGUUACCCAGGCUCUCCAAACCAGGCACCCUACCCCAUGCCUCAGCCGGGUGGCCACUCCGUAGCCCCAUAUCCAUAUGCUCCGGGGGGGUACGGAGAGCCCAGUCAAGCCCCACCACCAGGCUUCAACAUGGGCUACAAUCCAGGCCCAGCUCCUGUCAUGUAUCAGCCUGGUCCGGUGGGCCCAAGCCCAGUUCCAGGACCGGAGUAUGGCGGCCCUCCUGGAGCGAUCUCCCCGGCCCCGGUCGGGGCUCCAGCUGCGGUUCCUGUUGGGGUCCCACUGGGGCUCGAGUACCUCACACAGAUUGACCAGAUCCUGAUCCACCAAAAAGUGGAACUCCUAGAAGCAUUCAUCGGGUUUGAGACCAACAACCAGUAUGAGAUAAAGAACAGUCUGGGCCAAAAGAUCUACAAGGCCAAAGAGAAGAACGAUUGCUGCACCAGGAACUGCUGCGGCUCGCUGCGCAGCUUUGACAUGAAGAUCAAGGACAACCUGGACAGGGAGGUCAUCCGUCUCAUACGGCCUUUCCGCUGCGUCUCCUGCUGGUGUCCCUGCUGCCUGCAAGAGAUGGAGGUCCAAGCACCGCCGGGCACCACCAUAGGCUACGUCAAACAGGACUGGCACCCUUUCCUGCCGCGGUUUUCCAUCCAGGGAGCCAACAAGGAGACUGUGAUGAAGCUGGAGGGGCCCUGCUUUGCCUGCAACUGCUGUGGGGAUGUCAAUUUUGAGCUGAAGGGCAAAGAUAGUGACAAGCCCAUUGGUCGCAUCAGCAAGCAGUGGAGUGGCCUUUUGAAGGAAGUCUUCACAGACACGGACAACUUUGGCAUCCAAUUCCCACUGGACAUGGACGUGAAGAUGAAAGCUGUGCUCAUGGGAGCCUGCUUCCUCAUUGAUUUCAUGUUCUUCGAGAAGGUUGGGGAGGCCAACCAACGCAGCACGGUGUUUUCAUAACAGAGGAAAAAAGGAGGGGAAAACAACAGCAUGAGAGCAAAGAUUUUUUUCCAGUUAUGCAUUCUCUGUUCAUGUACUGCAUUUUUCCAUAAGUUUUUUUUUUUUUUUUUUUUUUUAAAUCUGUCCUUCACCAGAUUCCAGCCAAUAUGGUGCCAUCCUUUUAUACACACAGGUCAAUAUGAGUUAAUGAACUCUUGAUUCCAGAUGUCCACCAAGGAUUGUUGUUUUUUUUUUUAUUUUUUUUUUUAUAAUCUAUCCAAACUCGCUGACCGAUACCAGCUGCCAUGUUGCCAAUGUUCCUUACACUCCAGACAGUCUGUAGACAUUUUAUCUAUUUUAAGUGAGUGAAUGUACCUCAAAUUGAGAUUUAAUCCCUGCCAAAGAAAGUCAGCCUGACCCUCAAUGCCUUUUUCAGUGCCCACACACAGAAAUAAGAGUGAACACACGUUUGAAUGUGCUUUAUGCUACACUGGCAUUAACAUUUCAUAUUUAUGCUGUAUGUUUAUCGAUGAUUAUCACACUUUUAGAAAUCCCAAUAGAUCUAGUAUAAGUGCAAUACUUAAUGCAAUACUGGUGUGGAUUUAGAAACUGUAUUCAUUGCUUUGUUUUUUUUUAGCCAUGAAUCGUACCUUUAACCUUUCAUCUAGCGCCAUCACAAAAGUUUGAUUUGUCCAGUACUUUGUGACCAAAUUCCUGUAAAACCUCAGCUGUGCUUUGUGUUUAGUGCUAAUUAGCAAAUGUUAGCAUGCAAACAAGCUAAACUAAGAUGGUUAACAUGGUAAACAUAGCUGUUAAACAUCUGCGUGUUAGCAUUGCCAUUGUGAGCAUGUUAGCAUACUGACAUUAGUAUUUAGCUCAAAGCACCGCUGUGCCUAAGUACAGCCCGACAGAGCCGCUAGCAUGGCUCUAGACUCUAGUAAACAGGCAUUAUUUAGCUUAUAUAGGAAAGUGGUGGUUGUGUUAGGAAGAGGAGUGUGUAAUGUCUUUUAGUCGAAGUUGACAGAGUUGACAGUAUUUACCAAAGUGCUCUGUCUCUCUCUCAGCUGCCUUUAUCUUCCUCGAAGCCCUCCGUGUCUUAUAGCCUAGUGUACCUAAUCUAACAAAACUGUAGCACAGGCUACAGUGUAAAUGCUCUCAUGCUCCCUCUGUUGUUUAGUGGUUGCCAUGGAGACUGACGCCACAGCCAAACCUCGCCCUCCAAUUUCUCCAGAUUCCAUGGUGUUGAACAUGUGCCAGUGUAAUGAUUACACAGAGAAUGUAGGUUGAAUAGGAGGAAAAAUCUGAGUGAAGCAGGAAUAGAAAGAAAGUUGAGGUUAGUGAAUGUUAACCUCACCUCAGAGUGGUUGAGAAACACCAGUGAUGGGUUUAAGAAAACACAAACUUUCUGUAGUUUUUGUAGCAGAAAGAGUCCUGAAUGUGAACUUGUCAUGUGAAAUUUGGUCUGUUAAGCUCAUUUGAUCGCUGUUUCAGAAUUAAUAAAAAAAAAUGGGAGGUUAAUGUUGCCUGUUGCUGUUGAAUGCAACUCUCUGCUCUGUAUUUAAUAAUCCUUCUUGUUUUUAUCGUUCUUGUGAGAUAACAUGGGUGUGCCUACUGUGAUGCUUGGUUGCCACUAGUGCUCUCUAAUCCAGACUCUCUAUUACACUGUCAGUAACUAAAUGUCUUAUUGCUACCACCAGCCUUUGUGCAAUCUGACCUCUGAUAAGGAAAGAGAAAGUAGCCAAAGGAUGUACAGUACAUUUAAUGCAAUUAUUUGUUUAUUGAUGUUAAUCUGCGAAACUUGCUUUUUAAAAUCAGUUUACUGUUUUUUUUCAAAACUAUUUCGUUCCAUUUUUUUGUAACUCUUGUGUCUCGUGAUUGUGAAUUACAUUUUUUUACAGAAACAAAAAAAUACCCUGUAGUUAAGAAAUAAACAAAUGCCAUAUUA